AUGUCCGAAUAUUCGACGACCGCGCCCUCAACGGGCCCAAGAUCUCCUCUCUUCGGAACCGCUACCUUUUCAACGUUAUCCGCUACUCAGACUCCUAUGUCCCCCUCAAUAUUCUCUUCUUCCGUUCGCAGUGCUACCCCAAUCGCGUCAUCAUAUGACAGCGACGACGCGUCCUCGGGCCGUCAGAUGCGUAGAAUCAUGGUGUCGCCAUCGCCGACAUCGAGAGACUCAGACAGCCAGACUUAUUCCGACGAAAAUUCAAUUAUAGACGAAGCAGAAGUGGAAGCCGCCAUCUCGCUCGACGAUGUCGAAGACCAGAUUACCGAAAUGGAGGACCACCUCUCGGAAUUAUCGCGUGGAUCGUCAAGAUCCAGGUCACCCUCUACGUAUACUUCAUAUACCGGACCGUCCACGUAUACGUCACGUUCGGGGACGUCAUUUUCUGGAACUGCUUCUGGAUCCACUUUCACCAGCUCGCAAAUCUCUGGCGACUAUCGCUCGACCACGGCUCCCAUGACUGAGCGGCAGAGACUCAGCACGAUAUCUGAACACACUGAAAACACACCCUCGAGACCCACCUCGUUCGCCCAGUCCGGCGAAUCUUAUAGGCUGUCUGGGAACACGGAAGGCAGGGCAUCUCCUGCUCUCCAUGUGCGCUCGUCCACGGAUCCGGGUGAAAGGGCCGCUACGCCCGGCAGGACGCAUCUUGUACCAGGCAGGCGCGUCGGAGAGCUUGUUGCUGCCUUUGAAGACAGAUCUGUCACGACGAGUGGAAGCGGAGGUCAGUCCCAUGGCCAUACGAGGACGCUGUCGGCCCCAUCUGGUCCACGGUCUCCCAGUCCGUAUUCGACAUCCCAGAGCCGUUCCAUGCCCACACUAAGUAGCUCCGCUUUCGGCUACGCGAGCUCGACUGGGUAUGGGUACGGAAGCACGACUGGAUACGGCUCAGGGUCGCGUCCCUCAUCGCCGACGAAGAGCAGGACUGGUACAUCUCUGUCGUACUCCGGUUUGGACAACACUCUGUCAUCACUCUUGUCUCCGCCUCCGCGCACUCCGAGCGCUCUGUCUCGCGACUCGCACUUUCCCUUUAGUGCUGAUGAAUCAUCGACGUACACGGCUGGCAGAAGCGCCAUGUACACUGAGUCGGACACUGCUUCAACGACAAAUCCCAGCUCGCAGACGUUCACGCACACCUUUACGACAAGUAUGACCUCGGCAUCGAGAACACCCACACCGUCGACCCUCACACCGCGCCAAGUGUCGCCCCUCGCAAGUGACAAGAGCUCUGUCACUCGCGUGCGUAACAUCAUGAAGAACUGGAAGGACAAGACACCUGCAUUGGGGAGCAAAUCUGGCACGUCUCCAUCUCCAACACAGAGUGAAGGUCUCUUUAGUAUGCGUCGGCGGGCGAGUCGUGGAAGCGCCAAGCUGCGAGAUCGAGCGUUGCAGGCGAAUAGUCGUCAGCGCACGAGAAGAGCCAGUGAUCCUCCCACCACUACUAGUGAGUCCCUGGACACCAGCGAAGUGCUCCCGCCGCCAUUCGACAUUGCCGAGUUGGGUCUUUAUGCUGGCGCUACUGACACACAAGACCCCAUACGCAUCGGAUUGCUCUGGUAUCUCAAUGUGCAUGCAGCGCCGCCUUAUAGAUGGCAAAGAUGCCAGGCACUGCUGUACCCGCAUAUGCUGCUUCUUUCGUGGAUUGCCCCUGGCGGGGGACGUGGAGUCGUUACGCUGGAUUUGUUGAAUUGCACGGAGGUCCAGUCGCUGAAGUCUCCAACGCAUCCUGAGGCCCAGGACGAUCCUGGAACUAUUGCUGCCCGGGAGCAGAGUGCGGAGGCGAGCAUGUGGGGAGACAGCCAGCUGCCAGAGGUGGUGCUAGUUGAUACUCUAUGCCCCUUCCAACUGUCGUACAGUGAUGGUAUCGAACGCCUGGCUACCGAGAGUCCGCGCGAAAGAGUGCGAUGGGUUAGCGCGAUAUGGGAUGUGAUGGACCGGGCCGUGUCGAUUCCUGAUCGUUCGGCAACAGGUUCUCCUACAGGGUCCAUCAGAACCAUGCGCUCUUUCACCAGCUCUGACAGCGCGCGUUCUGGCUCUGCCUCUGGUUCUGCAUCUACGCGCUACGUCCCCUUCAUUGGCGACAUCCCUGACAUCUCGGACUUGCAGUCAAUCUCUGGGUCGAGUACGCGCACGGGCCUCUCACGUCGGCCAUCGCUUGCGUCUGCGCACCGUACACGCGCCACUGAUGACUUAGCUCUUGGCACCCAAGGGUUCCUGCACCCUGGUGAUCCUCGUAUCAUUGGGCCUAGCAGAAGCAGUUCGCUGAGGCGGACGAGCUCACUCACUGACCUUGAUGAGGAGUUCGCGUCGGCCGUCCGGCGAGCUCGUGACGCACGUCCUGGCCUAGGCUUCGGUCUUGGUCUCGCUGGCGGAAUUCCCGUAGGUGACGGGUCUCCAGUCACGAUAUCCAGUGGCCCGCGUCUAAGUGGCAAUGUUUACAUGUCGCCGCCGCCAAGUGUGGGUAGGGGAAGCGAGAAAGCGCACAGCCGGGCAUCUGACAGUGCGACGUCCAUAUCAGACGACGCAUUCUUUACUGCUGGAUCCAACGCGUCGAAGUCCCAAUCAAGCCUGUUCUCUUCGGCGUUUACGCGUACCCUCACGACUACGGACCCCUCUACGCUGACCAAUACAGACACGCGUACGCUAACGUCCGCCGACACAAGGACAUUCACGUCUUCAGGCUUGGUCACGGAUGAAAGUACACUUGAUCUCACGUCUGGCUCCGGGACAAAUAUCCAGGUAUCAACACUCUCCUAUAGGGGAACCACGUCGAUGUCGACGCUUGGGGACUCGCACAGCGGCUCAAGUGACACAUACUCGCUUUCCCCUUCGCGCAGUGGGCUGUCUAGGUCUCGAGAAGUUAGGCGCCGUACGCAGAGGAGCAGCUCUAGGACUCAGUCCGGUUCGUCCUACCUUGGCAGCACGGAGGACAACUCCGACAAGGAGAACUCGGGAACCUUUAGUCCAUCUGGCAGCCGGUCGGUGACGGAGGGCUUCAGCACUCUAGAGAGUUACUCCCGCACGUAUACACCAACUCCUACAUCUGGAUAUACAGGCACUCGCUCCUCCGACUCAUACUCUCGAUCCUCAGAUGAGGCCAGGAGCGACCUCUACAUCCCGCGUUCGGCUACGACCUCAGAGUCUUCCGAAUAUGUGACGGCGAAGACGCCGUCAGAGUCAUCAUUUGUGUCGCUACCGACAAUCCCGUCACUUGCGUCUGGCUAUGAGACUGCGGAGGUUUGUCCGACGGAGUACGAGACAGCCCCCAAGUGCCCUUCAGAGCUUGGCUCGGAAUAUGAGACUGCCGAGGUCUGCUCUACGGAGCCACCCAGCGAGUACAUCACUGCGGAGGUUUGCCCCUCGGAGCCGGAGACUGAUUACAAGACUGCUGAGUGUCGCUGUGCGAAGCCGCUCGAGGCAGAACCCGAAGAGGACGUCGUCAGCAUUGCGCCUUCCGCAAUUCCAACAAUCCCUUCGUCGCCGGGAAGCGUUGUCGAAACGAGACAGUUGUACCCAGAGGAGAUCCCCUUGCCGCCUUCCGUAUACAGCCCGUCUGUUGGAUCCAAGGAUCUGUCGGAGGAGCCCGAAUCACGAUCAGAGCCAGAGUCAGAGCCAGAGCCAGAGCUAGAGCCAGAGCCAGAACCAGUACCGGUGCUGUUGACCGAGUCUGAAACAGAGUCUGAGCCGGAGGUCUCAUCUGAGGAGAUAGUACCCACGCCAUCUCCCACUGAGCCGUCUGAGGAAGAGGAAUCUCCUCUCGAGUCGAUCCCUGGACCAUCUCCUAUUCCACCAUCUGAGUCUCUUCCAAUCAGCCUACCGUCCGACUCUUCUAUCACGUCCCCCACGGAGUCGACUGUGUCGCCAACCGAUUUGUUGACGCCCAGCGUCCCGUCUAGCGUCCCAUCUAGCGUUGGGCAACCGCCGACGCCUUCCAGUCCUGCCAUCCCAGAGUCAAUAUGGGGUGCUGAGACCGAUGAGUCUUAUGAAUCAUCGCUUCUUCAGGCGUCGCCUUCCGUUCAGUCACUUGCGCUCCCUGAAGGGCCGGACACCUCGUUCGAGACUUCUUUCCUGCGGCCGAGUGGUUCAGUAUACUCGUCCCAGGAGAUGAGUCUGCUCACUCCCAUCACAGAAGUCAGCAGUCCCUCGUCGAUGACUAUUCCGUCCUCACCUUCGUCGUCCAUCACACCCACUCCCUCGAGUGUUUCACUUCCACCGAGUGUACCGUCGCCAACCCCUCAGCCCACAGAAGAACGUGUACCGACCGUGACGCUGUCUCGCACGCCGUCGUCAGUAUCCACUGCCUCAUCCAUCUCAAUGCGCUCUUCAAUUCUAGACGCAAGGUCACUGUUGGAUUUCCCCAUCUCAGAAAUCGAGCCAUCCACCGAGCCUUCGCUGCUGUCUACUGCGAGUUCACCGUUGGCCCUGAGACCUGUUUCUCCACCCAUGGUGCCUUUGCCACCAUCGCCCUCGUUAUCUACGCCGUCUGCCACAAUGAGUGUGAGUAUCACGACGCCGCAGGGUGAUUCACCCUCCAUAAUGUCAAACCUGGAGACGGUGCCGUCGGAAGCACCUAGCCAUAUUCUCACACACGAUGUCAACCGGCUGUUACAGUACCUCCAUGAAGUAGAUCAGCAAAGAGGCGCCGAGAACAGGAAUCUAGCGGAGCAAAUUGAGAAUAUCAUGCCCAUGUUGCACGAAAUCUUGGGGCAAUUAGGACACAGGCUGGUUUACGAGGCGGCCCCUCCAGUACCCAGGAAAGACAGGUCGGUAGGUGGCAGCAGUAUCAUAUCUGCUUCUCCUCGUGCGACACCUGUGGUAUCCCGUGAUGUUUUGUCGCCAACGCCUAUAGCCCAUCGCGAUGUAGCGACUAUGACUCCCGUCAGUGGCCAGGAGGCAGCUCCACGAACUCCUGUCGAUCGUCGGGAAUUUGUCUCACCGACCCCAAUUGGCGGUCGACACCUAGUAACGCCCACACUGAUGGGUCCUCGGGGCAUCGUACAGCCAUCCCCUCAGCACCCUCAGAGACCUCGACUUAUCGCAAUAUCUCUGUCUCCUCCGCCUGUGAGGCUUUCAUCCCCAGAUAGUUCGAUCGCUGAGUCGAUGUCUUUUCUGCCUUCGGCGCAUUCGGAUGAUCUAAGCUUGUUAGAGUCGGAAUCCUAUCCUGCGAUGCCUCCGUCACCGUCUUGGCCCUCUACAUCCAGUCCCUCUCCGGAAUCGUCCCCGCCUGCCUCAAGCGUUUCGAUUAGAAGUCGGUCUCCCACCCCAAGUGAUGUUUCAUUGUCGCCGACACCGCCACCUCCGUCUCUUUCGCCAUCAUCUGAAUCGAGCGGGACAGCAAGACCUGUUCCUCCAGUCAGCCUUACACAGUUUAGGGAUGUCUUAGCCCAAAUUCAACAGGAAUUAGCUGCCCUUCGGGAUGGUCAGGCUGUCACUAGUCAAACCUUGGACGAGUUACGGUCUCGCCCAUCCGUACCUGAUAUAUCUGACUGCUGUAGACGUAUUGAGGAAAUCUUGCAGCAUCUUAUGGAUCAAACUCGACGGCCGCCGCGCACUGCGCAAGACGAUGUCUCUGAGGCGCUAUAUCCGUCAGGCUCGGAUACUUCUCUUCUCGAACAUCUACGUAGGUUCAGGGAAGAAGUAAGUGGGGACCUCCCUCCCCUGCAGAUGCCAAUUCCAGUCCGGGCAGGCCCCUCGAUCGAUGAACGACUGACCGAAAUGAUGGCGGAUGGUCCACCUCCAGUGCAGCAGCCAGUCCAAUUGCCGCCACCAAUAAUCCCCCUCACUUACCGGCCAGGUCCCAGAAUCGCACGUCCCAGGAGCGCUAGCCCGAUCUUUGAGUCUGACCUGCCUCACCGUCCUGGCACUUUCCCUAUUUCUCAGCCGGUUGUCUUCCAUGAAGGUCCCCGUAGACCAGUAGCUCGUGUGCCUCCGCGAAGGCCUGCACCGGGACCACCGCCAUCAGAAGGCGGAGUCUCUUAUACACCCCGCGUACACUCUCAAGGCCCGCCGAUACCUGGUCCUUCAGCUGUCCCUGAAGGUGAUAUUAAUUUCGACGAUGAAGUGCGGAGGCGGCGGAUACAACGCGUAGGGCGCGGAUCUGGCUUUUACGUGCCUGGGGAGACAGAAGGGACUGAACACAGACCUACAACGGCACCUGCACGAUUCGCCGACACACGGCCUCCGCCAGCUGUACCAGGAUCUAUUGGUCCCACUCCUGCUCCUCCAGGUCAAUUCGGUACACCAGGUCAGCCUAGUGCAUUCGUUCCCAUGGCUACUGCACAACCGCCGACGAUCUUACAGCUUCCAUUCGAUGACAUUCUGUCCCUACUGCGUGAUAACCGUGCCGCACAGUUGGCAAACAUCGAGAACAAUCGAGAAGUAAUGCGCUAUCUCAGAGAACUGAAUGAAUGGCUAGCCCGCGAUGUCCAUGAUAGACAUGCUGAGGUUCGCGGACUUAAUGCCCGAGUUGACGAACUCCGGGAUCUAAUGCGUGAUGUCCUGGAUGGUCGUCGUCCUGAAGGUUUCACUGCUCCUGGAGUGCCACCACCACCGAUCCUUGGUACCCCUGCCGUACCGGUCAUGGAUACUCAUGCUCAACAACCGUUUCCCCCUGGUUUCAUACCACAGCCCACAUCUGUUAUUCCACCUUAUCGAGACGACAGGACACCGCCUCCCGACUUCACGCCUGUCAUACCCGCAUCCCCGCCUGUCCAGAUGCCUUUCCCCCAGAUUCCAGUGAUCCCCGGCCCUAAUGUGUAUGUUCAGCCGCAGCAGCCGUUUCCGCCUCUCCAGCAGCAAGGCUGGCCUGCCGACGACGAACGAGAUGUGAUUCCUCCUUCUCCUUCUUUCUCGGAUGCUGCCAGUGAUCUCACCCCGAGUGAUGAGGCUCGAUCCCCGGACGUACGCGUCAUACCACCACCGCUGGACCCUAUGCAGGCUGCCCCGCCAUUUGGUAUCCAGCCCGGUCCUCCUAUAACAGUCAUACCGCCACAAACGCAACCACCGAUGAUUCCCAGUGUUAUUCAGGCCCCUAUGAUGGAGCGGAGUGUUGAAGGAACCCCUUCUGAAGAGGAUGAGGGUCGUCCAGCUCGUUUUGUCAGCCCGGGGCACUCCCCGCCACCUCAAGUCCUUCCUGAGGUGCAUCCGCCCACCAUACCUCAUCCAGGGACCCCUCGACAUCCUGAUGUACCUCCGGGUCAGCCUAUACCAUCUACGGCACCUGUUAUAAUUCAACCCGCGCCUCCCAUGCCACCGGGUCCGCAACAAAUCGACGUACGGCCUUCCUCUGCUUUAUCGAGACGUUCCCGAUCACCGACACGUUCGCGGUCACCGAGUGGAGAGCCCACUUUCAUGAUACGUACAGAGCGCUCCCCCGAGAGGUCAGCACGAAGUGUCAGGUCUCGAUCACAUUCACCCACACCUAUCAUUAUCCCACCAUCUGGGCCGCAUGUUCCAGUUGGUGGGCCUCCUGUAUAUUUACAACAACCGCCCCUACAGCCUAUGAGUCCAAUGGUGAUCAGGACGGCGUCUCGGCCGGGAAGGCAUAUUGAUGUUUCGCGAUCGCCGUCCCCUACACUACUACCUCGCGCGCGCACACCAACCUCUGUCACGAUUAGGACCCGUUCUCCACGGGCCAAUGAGGCAUUAGUUGUUAGAAUACCCUCGUCCUCUCGCCGUGGCCCAGAACGGCCAAGAGAUGACCUCGGCAGACCAUACUCGCCUCACGAAGGGAGUCAGUAUGAGCGCACCACGAGCAGGCGUCCCAGCGGCAGUCGACGUGCACCCAGCAGGGCCCCUUCAGAGGGAUACGGGGAUCCUUCCUUGGCAAGGCCUGUGCGACCCCCUGGCGCAAGAUCACGCUCUCCAUCUCCUACAUUUGGAUACGAAGAACCGGAAUCACCCUCAGAUCGUCCCAUUCGACAGAGAAGUACAGGACGCUCUGAGCGUGUGCCUCGUACUGGUCGACCAUCUCCUAUUCCAGAACGCGAAGGGUCUCAGUCUCCAUCACCAACUUAUCAAGAGGAGUCACCUCCACUUGUCAUGAGAGGCCCUUCAGUAAGACGUGACGCCCCCGGAGCUACACCCACCAUUAUUGAUUAUGGUGAGAUUGAGCCUCAUCGUACACCUUCUGUUGCCCCCAGCGUUGGUCCUGGCGCACAGCGGCCUUCACGUCCUGACCGAAGACCCAGCGAAGUGACCAUGGUCCCGUCGGGUGCAUAUGGCGAGGGCGGGCUCCCCGAAGAAGCUGAAGAUGUUGAUAUGGGGCGUGUUCCAAGUGAUGGUUCACAGCUAGCCAGGGAUUAUGAGGAAGCGGACAGACGCACUCCUGGAGCAUCUCGUGUGCAGACUCGUCGAACCGCCACUGCGCGAUCGAUCUCUCCUUCGUUUGAGCCUUCCCACGAGGACGAUGCUGCCUACGAGGACGAACCUGCGGUGCCUAUUGCAACUCCAUCAGUAGCACGGGUGCCAACAGCGACCCAUGUUCCACCUCCACGCUCGCGGCUAGAAGAGCACUUCGAAGAGCCUGACGAAGGGCCACCGAGAGAAGAAUUUGCGGGACCAGCUGAUCGUGAUCAAGGCAUAGUUCCCACUCAGCCUCGCACCCCUAUGCGGCCCACAGCCCUUAGUCCCCCUAUGCCUGUGAUAGAAAGAAUCUCUGGCCCAGGAGAUCUCGGAUUUGCGGAUGCCGAGCGGGAGCGCCAAGAUCGCUUUGAUGAACUGGAGCGGCAAAUCACGGGUACCCUCACUGCUGCACAAGAUGCGGAAGAACGACGCGAGCAGAGUUUCAGAGGGCACGAAGAUGAAAGAGAGCGUGUAUUCUUGGACCGCGAGGCUCAGCGAGAUGAAGAACAUCGACAGGCAUUGCAACGUUACGAAACUAUAUGGAGAGAUCUGGAGGAUCGCUUGGCUUCCAUCGUUCCUGGCGCUCAAGCCCCCAUCCCGGUACCUCCCCCUGCAGCUGAGGCCGAGCAGGAGGAAUUCGAGCAUGCCAUGGAGGAUGUUGCACCUACCUCGGAAACUCCUGUGCAACCUAUUCCGCCGCCUGCUGCAGACGCACAGUCAGUCAUCGAGUCUAUUCGGUCAGUAACACAGGACGCAGCUACGCGCCACGCACAGGAUAUCCUAGCAACUGUGCAAUUGGAACGUGAAGAGCUUGCUCGAGAGCGCGAAGUGGAGAGGGCAGAACGGGAGCGGAAUCAAGCUGCGAUGGAGGCCGAGCGGGCACGGCUUUGCGAGGAGCAGCAGGCGCGGAUCCGUGCAUUGGAGGAGGAGCUCACCCUUGUCAAGGCAGAGCUUGAGAACGAGCGACAGCUCAGGCUUACGGAGGAGUCGGAUAGACGGGAACACGAGCGUAUCGAGAUCCUCGAGAACAACGAGGCGGUUCGAAAUCAGCUCACCGAGCUGACCAACCUCGUGAUCCAGCAGCGCGAGGAAAUUGUCGUUAAGCGGGAUGCUGAGGACGAGAGAUGGGCCCGGAAGGAGGACUACAUGGUGCAAUCGGCUAAUGAGCGAGCUCAGCUCUCGGACAAGCUAGACCGAAUCCUGAACGAUAUGGAAGCUGAGAGAGCCCGCGCUGAGGAAGAAAGAGCAGCCCGAGCAGAUGAUCCCACCCUGCAAGACGUCCUUGCCGAGCUGGCUCGCGUCCGGGGAGAACUGGGCGAAUCGGUUGCUGGUAUGCUGGAAUCCAUCAGGGCUCAGUGCGCGGAGCAGCAUGAAAGGACCAUGGAGGCUGUCAGGGCUACAGCUCACGAUCGGAUUUCGUUCAAUGUGCAGGAGUACCUGGAAGAGUUCAGCAGGUCGCUAGCGGACGAGGUCCGCAUGCUUCUCAAUGAAGUCGGACGGCUCAGGGAAGAACGGCGCAAAGAACAAUAUGAACUUGGUGAAAUGUUGCAAUUCAAAGCUAAAUUUGGUCCCGGUGGAACGUUCGAUCCUGAAUGGCGACCGGCCUUUGGACCGUAUGCAAGAGGCGGCCCUGGUGCACCUCCCGCGGAGGCACCGGCCGAAGCCCCCCCUCCACCCCCCGAAGAGCCGUUGCCCGCCCGUCCUGCAUGGAGACAAGUCAUUGCACCGAGAGCGUCUCGUCGAUCGCGAAGGAACCAGCCUGCACCUCCUCCUGCCCCUGAGGCCCCGCCGGAGCCGAGGGGGCCUGUGUCGUGGGCACAGUGGCGUCCUGACUCUGCAUUCCAACCGACCCCGCCUGCUGUCGAGCCGACCUUGCUAGCGCCCCCGCAGUCCAGCCCUGGUCUGUUCGGGCCUCGUUCGCCGCGCGACUCUCUGCACCGCUGA